AUGCUUGACAGCAUCAAUCAGAGUCGAUUCGAAUUACAAAAACAACAAAAAGAGAAACUCAACCAAUUAUCCAGUUUACGGCCACAAGUGGCAAUUAAAGUCAAGAAGAAGAGCGAGAAAGAAGCGAAGAGAUCUUGCGUCUGGUGUAGCGGAAAAGCGGUCGUCAAGUGUACUGGUGACGGCAUGGCCAUUAGCCGGGGACGCGGCAAUCGCACGCACUCUUGGCUUCUACUCAAAGACUCGGUGAUAUUUGUAUUGGUGAUGUGUGUGUUGCAGCUACUGCAAGCGCAUGCAUUGCACAAACUGGUGAUAAGCGCAGAGAUGUUGCACGGAGAUGGGCGAAGGCCUACAGCCUUUACCACAGCUGAGAGCAAUGCACUGAACGCCGUAGAACGCGAAGUUAAGCAGUUGGUAGAAAAAAUAUUUGUAAGCGAGAAUUUAAUAGAGGAAACCAAAGAAGCGGUUGAGCAGAUUGCAACCGUGGGCUCAAAGCCAGCGAGUGCCAGCAACAGUAUUAGUAUUAGUAAAAAUAGUAGUAGUAGUAGCAGUAGCAGUGUAAAUAGCGGUAGUAAUCACAGUUAUAACAUAAGUAACAAUAACAAUAUAAACAACACACAGUCACCAUUGGAAACCUCCACCAAUGCAACCUUCACGCCAAUGAGCUCCAAUCAAUCAAGUGACAAACCGAGUGGUAAAUCGCUGGCGUUAAAUGGAAGUGUCACUCAGGGAGUGAGCCACAGCAUUAACAAUAGCAACAGCUUCUCUCCACAUCCACCGCAAUCUGAUACAGAAGACCUCAAUACAAUCGGUGGUAAUGCCACUGGCAGCAAGCAAACGAAACGCAUCGCCAUCAGUAUGCCCGAGCACAUUCGCGAGAAUGUCGUGCUGCCUUCUGUUGAUCCAGAAAAGGAGGCGCAAUUGCUUUACGAGCAAACACUGCAGGAGUAUCAUGACAGUGUGCAGGCAGCCAGCGCAAGCAGUACCCCAUCGGCAGCAUCCGCUGAUAAGCCAUCCUCACUUGAUAGUGGACUUGCAACGCCAUCAGCCAGCGCCUCAGCAGAUCGGGAGCCGCGCACGCUGCAUGGCGUUUGUGAAGUGUGGACGCAGAAGCAUUGCCAUUGCACAGGCACUUUAGAGCGGCUAUCGUUGAGCUGCCGCGGUAUUGGCAUUGUGGCGGUGCCGGUGGAGCUGCCAGGCGAUGUUGUUACGCUAGAUUUGGGCAACAACAACAUAACAACAUUUGAGGCUAAUACAUUUUUUAUGGUAUCGAACCUUGAGGAAUUAACCUUAUCCGACAAUAGCAUCAUUAAUAUUGAUCCGAAUGCAUUUUAUGGACUUGGAAAAUUGAAACGUUUGAAUUUACAAAAUUGUGGCCUUAAAUCAUUGCCAGCGCACGCGUUUCAAGGAUUGAAAAGUUUAAUUUCACUCCAGCUGAAUGGCAACGCCUUAGCCAGCAUGGACACGGAUAGCCUGCAGCAUCUGCCAAAAUUGCGCACUCUACGCCUCGAGGGUAAUCUAUUCUAUCGGAUACCGGCAAACGCUUUGGCUGGAUUAAAAACACUCGAAGCACUGAACCUUGGCAGCAACCUUUUGACAAUAAUCAACGAUGACGAUUUUCCACGCAUGCCAAAUUUAAUCGUGCUUCUUUUGAAGCGGAAUCAAAUAAUGAAAAUCUCUUCUGGCGCAUUUGCAAAUUUAACAGCUUUAAAAGUUUUAGAAUUGGAUGACAAUUUAAUCAACAGCUUACCGGAGGGAUUAAAUAAGUUAUCCCAUUUACAGGAAUUAUCUGUUACCAGCAAUCGCCUGCGUUGGAUAAACGAAACGGAUUUGCCCAGAAAUUUACAGACGCUAGACUUUCGUGCGAAUCCGCUGUCGUUAAUUAUGCCGAAGGCGCUACGCGGUAUGACGAGGUUACGUAAAUUAAUUCUUUCCGAUGUGCGCUCACUCAAAGUGUUUCCCGAUCUCGAAGGCUGUUUCUCAUUAGAGAUAAUAAAACUGGAUCGUGCCGGUAUUAAAGAAGUGCCCCCAAAUCUAUGUCGUCAAACGCCAAGACUGAAAAGCUUAGAGCUUAAGACUAAUUCCUUAGUGCGCAUUCCCAACUUAGCUAAUUGCAGAGAAUUAAGACUGUUAGAUCUUUCUAGUAAUUACAUUGAAUCGCUUAGUGGACGCCCUUUCGUCGGCUUGAAGCAACUUCACGAUUUAGUGCUCUCCUACAAUCGCAUCAAGGCGAUACCACAGGACGCUUUCUUCGGCAUUCCGCGCCUACAAUUGCUAGACUUGGAAGGCAAUGAGAUCACCUCAAUACACAAGGAAGCCUUUACGCCAUUCUCCAAAUUGGAAGACUUAAAUUUGGGCAAUAAUAUUUUUCCCGAACUGCCAUCGGCCGGCUUGAAUAAGUUGCUGCACCUAAAGACUUUCAAUAAUCCAAAACUUCGUGAUUUCCCAGCGCCAGACACAUUUCCGCGCAUACAAACGCUCAUACUUUCAUACGCCUAUCACUGCUGUCCCUUCAUACCGUUGGUUGCAAUGUCAGCUACAAAAAAGCCACCAUUGGUACAGGAGGCGGUGCUCUUUCCAUCCGACUCCGAAUUCGACAUGAGCUUGUGGAACAACAGCAUGAUGGACAUAUGGCCGCAGUUACAAAAUCUCAGUAAAAAGUUUGGAAACCAAAUGCAUGAUAUCUGGGAUAACUUCGGCCAGGAUUUCAAUUAUCCGGGCAAUAUUCCCACCUACGUCGAGGAAUACUUCGAGGAGGAUGGCACAGGCCCCACGACUAGUUCAGCUGGUGUGGCCAGCAGUUUUGCCGGUUUUAGCACGGGCCUCUUCGGCACUAUAGAUACCGACAUAACACCUGGCUCCAUACAAUGCCUGCCUAUGCCUGGUCCUUUCCUGCCCUGCGCUGACCUUUUCGAUUGGUGGACUUUGCGCUGUGGCGUUUGGGUGGUCUUCCUGCUGGCUCUGUUGGGUAACGGCACUGUCGUUAUAGUGCUGAUGUUCUCGCGUUCCAAAAUGGAUGUGCCGCGUUUCCUGGUGUGCAAUCUGGCUGCAGCUGAUUUCUUCAUGGGCAUCUAUCUUGGCAUACUUGCUAUUGUAGAUGCCUCCACAUUGGGAGAAUUUCGCAUGUUCGCCAUUCCCUGGCAGAUGUCGCUGAUGUGCCAGUUCGCCGGGUUUUUGGCAGUGCUCUCAUCGGAGUUAUCGGUGUACACAUUGGCGGUGAUUACUUUGGAACGUAAUUACGCCAUAACCCACGCAAUACAUUUGAACAAGCGUCUGUCCUUGCGUCAAGCCGCAUACAUCAUGGCCGUUGGCUGGACGUUUGCGCUGAUCAUGGCCGCCUUACCUCUGGCAGGUGUUUCAGAUUAUCGCAAGUUUGCCGUUUGUUUACCAUUCGAGACGACCACUGGUGUAGCCAGUUUGACUUAUGUCAUUGCGCUCAUGUUUAUCAAUGGAUGUGCAUUUGUGACACUUAUGGGCUGCUAUCUGAAGAUGUAUUGGGCCAUACGUGGCUCACAGGCCUGGAAUACUAAUGAUUCGCGCAUUGCAAAACGUAUGGCCCUACUUGUUUUCACAGAUUUCCUUUGUUGGUCACCCAUUGCUUUCUUCUCCAUAACUGCCAUCUUUGGACUGCAACUGAUCUCGCUGGAGCAAGCCAAGAUAUUCACAGUAUUCGUGCUGCCAUUGAACUCCUGUUGCAAUCCCUUUCUGUAUGCCAUCAUGACAAAACAGUUCAAGAAGGAUUGCAUCACCCUUUGCAAGCAUUUCGAGGAAACGCGCGUAACGCGUGGUGGCGCUGCUGCAGCUGGCACAGCACUGCCGGGUGGACUCGGUCGUCGAGGUGGUGUGCGCGUGCCUAAAGAAUUGCCACCUUUGCUACCCGCAGCACAUCCACCCGGCUGUCGCUGUUUGCGCAUGAUGCCAAACGAGAUGCCCAAUUGGCACAAGCUGCAAGAGCGUGAGCGCGUGCACAACACAUGGACAAGAAGUACAUGGCAUCGCCUGACCAACUGUUGUCACUGCGCGGAUGCGGACGAUGACGAUGACGACGAUAUGUUGACGCAGGGGACGCGUCAUCUCGGUGGUCGUCGUCAACGUAAGACGCAUAAGGCAAAUAAUCGUCAUACGCGUACGCGUUCGCACAAUGCCAAUACUGAUCCAUACCUCUACCAGUUUGCUGAGCUGAAACAGAAGCAGAAGCAGACACGCGCCAGUUCGAUAUCGAGUGAAAACUUCUGCUCGUCGCGUUCAUCUAGUUGGCGUAAUGGACCACCGUCGGCGGGCGCCAUGCCGCACACGUGCAAUAUACCUCUCAAGAUGAUGGAUCCGAAUCGUAGAAGGCAUUCGGCGUGGUUGAUAACGCGAAAAACGUCACAAGAUUCCAAUUUAUCGAGCUCUCGAAACGACAGUUCAGCCUCGGCGACAACGGCAAGCACUUCAACGUUCCGCCUCUCGCGCUCAAGUGCGGGCAGCACGACACCACUACCGUCAAUAAUGGCUCAUAGCAGUAAAUCGCAGCAACAACAACUACAGCAGCACUCCACUCUACCUUCUAAGCCCCGUCUUGUGCGCCAGGAGGCAGUACAAGAGGAAGAAGACUCAUCGCCACCGCGUCUUGGCGUGCGAUUUUUGCCCACCAUCCCAUCGGCGGCCGAUAGUUCCAUAGUUAUGGAUGAUGGCGAUUCAGCUAUGAAUGUAGCCAGUGUGAUGGGUAUGCCGCUGCCAGGCGCGGCGAGCGGUUUCUACACCGUACUGCAUGCGCAGAGUGGUGGCGCUGCAAAAACGCUGCUCACCUCAGCGACUAGUCCGCAAUUCGACAAUUUGACAAAAGAAGAGCAUCCACCAUGACACUUUUUUGGUUGGGCUGACGACGAUCAGCAAAAGCAAAAACAAAAACGGAAACCACCAAAAAGUGAUGACAGCAUAAAAAGUUGUAUUAGUGAGGCAUUUCUUUGACGGGCGUUCAGUAUUCAUAUAUGUAUGUGCUUGUGUAUGUAAUAUGAAUAUUACAUAAGUAGUCAAUUUGUACAGUAGUUGAUAAAGUGAAUGCUUGCAAAUGUGUGAAUGUAUGCAGAUUAUUGCAGGUGUGCUUAA